AAAAAUUUAAAAAAUGGAAAAAAGAAUAAAAUUUUCUGGUAAAAGAAAAAGAUGCAUAGUCCAAAAUUGUGAUUCUCAUUUGAAAAAACAAGACGUUUCUCAUCAUGUCUUUCCUAAAAAUGAAGAAAUUAAAAGAAAGUGGAUAGCACUUAUCAGUACAGAAGAUUUCAUUCCAAAAGUUUUGUCAAAUAGUACAGUAUGUUCAGAACAUUUUGAUUCGAGUUUUAAAAAGAAAUUAUGCGGCAAAGUUUAUUUAACACCCGAUGCUUUACCUAAUUUUGAUAGUGAAUAUUUAGACAAAGAAGUUAAUGAGGAUGAAUUGAUGUUGCAUGCAAAUGAAUUCAUCAAUGAAGAAGAAUACGACAACCCACCAUCUACUUCGAGUCAUUUGGUAUCCGAAAUUCAAAAAGUUAAUGAAACGUCUCAAAAAGUUAAUGAAACGUCAUCAAAAACCGGAACAUUGCAAAUAGAACCUAACGCAGUAAAGAAUAUCAUAAAACAAUUCAAGAAAGAAAAAUCAAAAACGAAUAAAUUAAAAACACUUUGUAAGAAAAAAACUAAAAAUUUAAAAGUGAUGCAGCAACGAAGACGUAGAAAUAAAAAAAAGUUAGAAAUCUUAUAUAAGCAGCUUGCGGAGCUUGAACAAAAAAAGUUAAUUGCUUCAGACAUCAAUAAAAUGAUCUCUUCCAGCUUACUUAAGAUUAUAGAUUCUUUGUAAAAUGUUAAUUAAAAAAAAAGCAAAAAUACAAUAAUUUUACUUUAAUUUUAAAGUGAAUGUACCAAACAUAUUUUC